AUGCAGGCCUAUAUGAGAAAUCAGCAGAAGGCUGUGCCGCCUUCUCCGGAGCCUAUGCCGCCUCUUGACAAGGACAAAGCUACGCCCCCACUCCACAGUGCCGCUGCACAGGCCGGCGGUUCAGCCAACGUUGUCAUCGAGAUCGGCUUACUGCCCACCAAAUACUACGUCCAGAAGGCGUUCCUCAUCCAUUACUCCGACUACUUCCGCAAGGCAUUGAGUGGUACCUGGAAAGAAGCCGAAGACGGAGUCGUGAAGCUCGUCGACGUAGAGCCAGCCGUCUUCAACCUCUUCCUGGAGUGGCUGUAUACCCAACAGGAUUGA